CGCUUUGGGAGUAGACGCAUUGCGGAAUUUUGUUACUGUUUCAAAAAAGGCAACUGAAUUAAGUGACUUUAGGUAAAAACUGCCUCUAUUCCCCUCGAAAACGCUUCGCGUAAGAAAAAGGAUAAAUACCGCUGUUUGUUGUUUUUUUUUUGUUACACUCAUACCCAUAAUCCUCUUCGGUCGCAGAAUCUGAAUCAGCAUUCUAGCCAGCGGUUUUUCCCUAUAACAGUUACACGAUUCAAGAUGGCGGAGAAUCCACUAGAUGCUACUGAAGACGUUGCUCUCAAUUUUGGAGACGAAGAGGAAGCGCUAAGCAGGCGAAAGUUCAGACAUCCAUAUGUUUCCUUCUUCCAUUUGUUUUUCCGGAUAUCAUCCGUCAUCGCCUAUCUUCUCUGUGGCUGGUUCAGUGACAGUUUCAUCACAAAUUUUGUCGUUAUUGUUCUUCUGCUGUCAUGUGAUUUCUGGACAGUAAAAAAUGUCAGUGGACGUCUAUUGGUGGGGUUACGCUGGUGGAAUUAUGUUGAUGAAGAUGGCAAUAGCCACUGGGUUUUUGAGUCUAAAAAGAAUAAUAACUCAGUUACAACAGCAGAGUCGCGGUUGUUCUGGCUUGGCCUUAUCAUCUGUCCAAUCCUUUGGCUUUUUUUUCUGGUGGCUGCACUUUUUUCUCUCAAAUUCAAAUGGCUGCUUGUUGUGUUUGUUGGACUGGGACUCAAUUUUGCAAACAUGUUGGGCUAUGUCAAAUGUAAAAAAGAUGCUGGCAAAAAACUCAAAAGCUUUGCUGGAAAUUUCCUUGGCAGACAAAUACUAAACCAGCAGGUGAACACUUACUCUGGUCUUCACUCUGAAUUCUACGUACGAUCUACUGGUAACCUCUCUAAUCUACCUUGGGAACAGGGGAGAAUAAGUAAAAUACCAAUACAAGCAUAAGAGGGUGUUCAAUUCAGCCAGCCUCCAAGACAUGUAGACAGUAUGGUGAUGUACAGUGAGUUAAUGGUGCACUAGCUACGUAGCUCAGUGUUGUCCUCGUAUGGCUGAUAAAGACUGUAUGGUGAUGUAGAGUUCUUGGCGGACUACCUACAGACUGCUGAAGCUUGAUCUUACAAACACUAGACAUUCAUAACACGGAAUUAUUCGUCAGUUGUGAGAAGCAUUACUCAGCAUAAAUAGGGAGGUCCUUAAAAGUAGU